UCCAAAUCACUCACCACAGCAUUAUUAUUAGCUUGACAAUGGACAGCCGAUUUUCGUUCAGUCUCCUGCCUUUCAUUGUUACUCUUACUUCCCUCUUGAUAAACUCAUCUUCCCAAGAUGAUUUGAAGACUUACAUAGUAUAUACGGGGUAUAUGAAAGAUGAAGUUUCGGCAUUGGUCCAUUACAAAAACAUGCUACACCAAGCUUCUGAUAGUCAAGAGCCAAAAGCUUUACUACAUCAUUACAAACCUAGCUUUGGAGGGUUUGUUGCAAAACUAACCAAGGCAGAAGCAGAAAGAAUGGAAGGAUUGGAUGGAGUUGUGGCUGUAUUUCCCAAUAAAAAGAGACAUCUCCUUACAACAAAAUCCUGGGAUUUUAUCGGUUUUCCAAUGAAUGUGAAGAGAGAAUCAUAUGAAUUCGAUGUUAUCAUUGGAAUAAUAGAUUCUGGAAUUUGGCCAGGAUCCGAGAGUUUUAAUGAUAAAGGCUUCGGACCACCUCCAAAGAAAUGGAAGGGUGUUUGUCAAAUCUAUAACUUCACUUGCAACAAUAAGUUAAUUGGGGCUAGAUAUUAUGAUGUUCUGAAUGAUAAUGCAAUGCUCUCUCCCAUUGACGUUUACGGUCAUGGAACGCAUGUAGCAUCUACCGCAGCUGGAAAUCCUAUCGAACAUGCAAGUGUGUUUGGCUUAGGAGAAGGAACAUCUAGAGGUGCGGUUCCAUCAGCCCGAAUUGCUAUAUAUAAGGUAUGUGGAAUUUCAACGUGCUACUCAAAGAGUAUUCUUGAAGCAUUCGAUGAUGCGGUAGCAGAUGGAGUUGACAUAAUAUCAGUGUCCAUUGGUGGAGAAACAGAAAAUCAAUUUAAGAUUUUUAAUGAUGAAUUGUCGCUUGGAUCCUUUCAUGCAAUGACACAUGGAAUUUUAACUGUAUUUGCUGGAGGAAACGAUGGCCCAAAACCUGCUUCAUUAUCGAAUUUUUCACCAUGGUCUAUUAUUGUGGGAGCUGGAACUUUAAAUAGGAAAUUUGUAACCAAGGUGAAAUUAGGAAACAACAAGGUUUAUGAGGGAAUCUCCGUGAAUACAUUUGACCUCUUGGGAAAAAUGUAUCCUAUUGUCUACAGUGGAGAUGUUCCAAAUAAAGAAGCUCACUUAAAUGGCGAUGAAUCCAGGUUUUGUACUAGCAAUUCCCUUGAUGCUAAGUUGGCGAAAAGAAAAAUUGUCCUAUGCGAAGGCGGCAGCAAAGGAGCCUUAGAGGCAUUAAGAGUUGGUGUUAUUGGUGUUUUGACGCAAGGGGAAAGUUUUAGAGAUGUUGCUGACUCUUACCCUUUAGCUGCAAGUUACCUUCAUUCAAAAGAUGCCUCUAGGAUACACAAGUACAUAAAUUCUGUGAGAACUCCUAUAGCAACAAUAUUUAAAUCGGAUGAAUUAGAAAAUACUUUAGCACCUGUUGUUGCAUCCUUUUCAUCGAGAGGUCCAAAUCUAGUUACCCCUGAUAUUCUUAAGCCGGACCUAAUUGCUCCCGGUGUAUAUAUCAUGGCUAGUUGGUCUCCAAUUUCUCUCGAAGGAAGAAAUUCUGGAUUUAACAUUGUGUCCGGAACAUCAAUGGCAUGUCCACAUAUAUCCGGUGCAGCAGGAUACAUCAAAUCCUUCCAUCCUACUUGGUCACCUGCUGCUAUCCGAUCAGCACUGAUGACAACAGCCAAACAAUUGAGUGCGAUAAAUAAUCAAGAUGCUGAAUUUGCUUACGGAGCAGGUCAAAUUGAUCCACUGAAAGCUUUAAAUCCCGGCUUAAUAUAUGAUGCUGGAAAAAUGGACUACAUAAGAUUCAUAUGUCAACUAGGCUACAAUAAGUCCGUUAUAAAACAACUCACUGAAAAUUCAAGGAGUUGUUCCAAUAUAUCAUAUAUAUCUGCCCGGGAUUUAAAUUAUCCAUCGUUUGCUUUAAAAGCAUCAAAUCCGCACAACAUCAGAGGGACCUUCGAACGAACGGUAACAAAUAUUGGAUCACCAACAUCCACAUAUAGAGCAUUUCUUUCGGUUCCUAAUGGACUAAUCAUCUCGGUAAAGCCCGAUGUUUUGUCUUUCACUUCAAUAGGAGAAAGGCAAACAUACAUUUUUACAAUAGAUGGGUCGAUUAAAGAACCCAUUAGUUCCGCUUCUCUAAUUUGGGAUGAUGGUGAACAUCAAGUGAGGAGCCCCAUAGUCGUUUAUGAUCAACGAGCCGAAAAAGUUAGAAAAGCUCCAUAUUUUAAUGUUCGUGCUGUUGUUAUUAUAGCUGUUGUCUUUGUAAUUAUAUUGAUUUUCAUUUUCAUUUUAGUUAAGUAUAGGCACUGGUGUUUAACAGCUUUGUAUCAAUUUUAUUUGUCCCGUAGGGCGAGCCCACAGCGUAGUCAGGGGGUUGAACUGCAACCCAUCAACGUUGUAAAUCCACAAUUAACAAUGUAAUCCAUAUUUUAUUUUGUUUGCACCCCUAAAUUUUG